AUGGCUUGUAUAUGGUAUGGCGUGCAGUCGUGGAUUGGAGGCCAAUGUGUUACGUUGAUGAUUAGAUCUAUAUGGUCUAGCUAUAACGACUUGCCAAACAGCAUGCCAACAAGCUCAGGGACAACGACUAGAGAUUUUUUAAGCUUCUUUCUCUUUUCACUCUGCAGUCUUCCCGCCAUCUGGUUCCCUGUGCAUAAGAUCCGCCAUCUUUUCACCGUCAAAUCCUAUUACGCGCCAACAGCUGGUAUCGUUUUCCUUGCUUGGUCCGUUCACCGUGCAGGCGGACUCGGACCUAUUGUUGACCAACGACACACCCUACAAGGUAGCAAAUUGGCAUGGGCCGUGAUUAAGGGAGUCAUGUCCUCAAUCGCCAACUUUGCUACCCUUAUCGUCAACUCGCUCGACUUUUCGAGGGUUGCCAGAAAGCCGAAGGACGCCUUGUAUUCACAGCUUUUCACCAUACCAAUCAGCUUUGCCAUCACUUCGUUCAUCGGGAUUAUCGUUUCCUCCUCUUCUGGCGUUCUUUACGAAAAACCUGUCUGGAACCCACUUGACCUUUUGGGUAGAUUUCUCGACGGUGCGAGCAAAGGAGAAAGAUUUGGUGUCUUUAUCAUCUCCACCGCCUUUGCCCUGGCACAACUGGGGACAAAUAUUUCAGCCAACUCGAUAUCCGCCGGAACCGACAUGGCCGCUCUCUUUCCCCGAUUUCUCAGCAUCCGUCGGGGCGGGUAUAUAUGUGCAGCUGUUGGCUUCGCUAUGUGCCCCUGGCACCUACUUUCCACCUCAAACAGCUUCACCACUUACCUCUCUGCGUACUCUGUCUUCCUUUCCUCCAUUGCGGGCCCGAUGAUCUGCGACUACUACGUUGUUCGCAAGGGCUACAUCAAAGUCAACGAGCUCUACAGCUCUCGAAAGCACAGCCCCUAUUACUAUACCUUCGGCUUCUCCUGGCACGCCUACGCGUCCUACGUCUCAGGGAUUCUCAUCAACAUUGUCGGUUUCAUCGGCGCUAUUGAUAUCGCGGUACCCGUUGGAGCUACCUAUCUCUAUAAUUUGAAUUUUUUCUGCGGUUUUGUCGUUUCCUUCACGAUGUAUUAUACCCUCACUAGGAUUUGGCCAAUCCCAGCGACAAGCAAGACGUGGAAUGAGAUUGAUGCCGAUGUCACUAAUCUAUCUGUGGCGUAUAACCAAGGAAGCAUCCCUGCUAGUAGUAUUGAUGAGGAGUCGCAGUCAAGAACACCAUCGUCGGCUGCGUAUGAUGAGCCAGAUUCUGCUGCGAAAGGUGGUAAAGGGCAUGUUGAUGUAGGGGCUAGAGCGAUAUUUGUAUUUUCUCCCUUCUAUUACUUUUCUCGCGAAUUUUCUUCUAACGUUACCGUCUGA